AUGGCCUCAAUGCAGGCGGCGAAUUCCGAUUCUGGCGGACACCAUUCUACGGAAAGAGCGCCACAUGAGGCAGGCGCAGGUCACCAACUUCAAGACAAGCAUGACACGAACAGCAGCGAGUGGCAGUCGCGAUCUGGACCACUGGGCAUUCACACGCAUCAUCCCUACGAAUACGCAAAACGAAGGCGAAGCUCUCACCGACGAAGUUCUGUGUAUCGCGAGUCUGCAAGACGAGAGCCUUCGACUGCCCGUCAGCACGAACAAACUGGUCGCAAGUGGUGGAGGUUUCAUCUAAGAGAGUGGAAUGACGACGACGAGCAGGAUUGGUGGUUUGCCAGUAUUGCCAUUCCUCUCAUCGCGGCUGCCAUUGGACCACUUGCCAAUGUCUUCUCGGUGGCGGCACUGGUGACCUCCUGGCGAAUGUGCCUGGUCACUGGCAUCGAUGACAGUGGAGCCGCAAGAGCUUGCCGGUACAGUGGCGGUUCUACGACUCUCGGAUCUCGGCUUGAUGGUCACGAUUUCGCAGAUCCAAGAUGGUGCUACAACCUCGAUGUUGUGAGCCUCAUCGUUGGCUUUGUCGGAAACUUUUUUCUGCUUUGUAAUUUCACGAAUCGAGUCAGAUACAUUAUCGCUCUGCCGGUCACGAUCAUUUGCUGGUACAUUGCUACCGGUAUCCUACUGGGCAUCACCGUGGCCAUGGAACUGCACGAACCGCCUGUACGACCUCAGCAAACCUACACCCAGGGCUUCUGGUAUGCUGUGAUAGCUGCUUGCAUGUACAUGAUGUGUGCUAUGCUAUUGAUGGUCAAUAUGCUUGGAUACUGGCUCGGGCACUAUCCGCAGCACUUUGCACUCACAGAAAGUCAACGAACCUUGAUUUUACAGACUAUGCUGUUCUUCAUUUGGCUCGCAGGUGGCGCAGCUGUCUUUUCGCGAGUCGAAGGCACUUACGGCGAUCACAGUCUCGGUUUUGAGUGGAGCUACGUUAACAGUCUUUACUGUUGCGAUGUGACGAUCCUGACUGUUGGUUUCGGAGACUUGUAUCCUUCGAGCAACAUUGGUCGAGGCUUGGUCUUUCCGUACUCUGUGGGUGGCAUCAUCAUGCUUGGUCUUGUGGUUUCCAGCAUCACGAAAUUCGCUGCAGAGCUUGGUUCGGAAAAUGUGAUCAAACGACAUGUUGAGAGGACGAGAGUCCACACGAUGGGACGGACCGUUACGACAUCAAUUGAGAUGGAACGACAAAAGACGUCUGCAGAUGGCCCGCCGCCUGUCAUCUCUGCGCCUUUUGACGCUGUCGACUUGCCAAAACAUAAGAAGAUCGGCUUCGCUCACACUGACCACGAGACCGAGCAUCCUUCGCAGAGCAAAUCUACUGGAACACUUGGUGGUGUGCAAAAAGUCGGCAGCAUACUCUUGAGCCCACAGAGACUACGCACGAGAAAGCCGAGACUGCUACUUCUACGAGAAGAGAAGGAUCGAUUCGACGCCAUGCGCAGGAUCCAAAAUAGCACAUCACGCUUCAAGAACUGGUACGCGCUGUUCCUGUCGAUUACAGCGUUCGGUAUACUUUGGUGCGUUGGUGCAGUCUUUUUUUGGCAGUGCGAAAAGGGCGUUCAAGGCAUGACUUACUUUCAAGCAUUGUAUUUUUGUUAUGUCUGUUUGCUCACUAUUGGAUAUGGCGACCUUGCGCCGAAAAGCAAUGCUGGCAGACCAUUCUUCGUCGUGUGGAGCCUGGUCGCGGUGCCCACGAUGACCAUCCUGGUCAGUGAUCUCGGCGAAACGGUCAUCAACAAAUUCAAGCAUGGCGCUUCUGGGCUGGCAGACUUCACGGUACUGCCACAGAAAGGCGCAUAUCGGUCAUUCUUGAGCAAGCAUCCAUGGCUUUUGGGCUGGCUUCAGCAGCGCAGAGAUCGUAAGCAGGAACGAAAGCGUCUAGAAGAUGGCUUCCCGACAGGUCCAGAGCCUGACAAAGACGAGCCGCCUACGAUUGACGAGCUGGCUAAGGAUCAUGUGCCUACAGACCAAGACCUUGCUCAAAAGUUGGCCAAAGUCAUCCGCAAAACUGCGAGCGAUGUCAAGCAAUCUGCGAGGAAGAGAUAUACCUAUGAAGAAUGGGUCGAGCUCACUCAGCUUAUUCGCUUCACCACGGGCAGCGAGGAGAGCAAAGCCGAAGAAGCAGACGAAGGGCUGGUGGAAUGGGAUUGGAUCGGAGAGGACAGUCCGAUGAUGGCCACCCAAAGCGAGGCAGAGUUUGUCCUCGAUCGACUUUGUGAGAGCAUGUCGAGAUAUGUUAAGAGAGUGUCGAAUGCCAACGUGGACAGAAAUGGCGACAACAGUGUCCACUCACGGGAUCAUGGUGAGGCGCCCGGACCUUGUGGAGAGCAACCUGCUGGGUGA